AUGAGCGGCGCACUGCAGGACCGCCUGCGGCAGCAUGCGGCAGCUUUCGAUGGUCUUUUGUCGCUGAUUCCGGCGAAGCUGUACUACGGAAACGGAGACGAGCCCAGCGAGCAAUGGAGACGAACGAAGCAGACAAAAGAAGAAAAGAAAGCAGCACGGCGGGCGAACCUUGACCCGGAGAACGAGCUGAACAAGAGCGUGAAGGAGUUGAUGGAAGAACGGGCAGCGCGGAACAAGCGAAAGCUCGAGGAUGAGGAUGAAGACGAGGAUGGCAGCGACGAGGACAGCGACGGUUCUGUCUUGGAGGGCGUGGUCAAGGAGAUGCCAAGAGAAGGGCUGAAGCCGGUCAAGCAGCAGAAGAAACCAGUCAAGGGAACGACCAGCAAGAAGACCAAGCCGCCAGCAGAGAAAGCGAUAGAAGAGAACAAGGGAAAGGAAGAGGAGGACAAGGAAGAGGAAGAGGAGGAAGAGGAGGAGAUGGUGGAAAAGACGGAGGUCAGCCUGGAAGAAGCCAAGAUUUCGAAAAAGCAGGCAGAGAAGCUGCUGAAGAAACAACAAAAGGCAGAUCGCAAGGCGGAAAAGCGGAAACAGAAGAAGGCAGGGAAAAAGGAAAAGGGAGAUGACGAGGAAGAAGAGGAAGAAGAGGAAGAAGAGGAAGAAGAGGAGAAAAAGCAGACAAAGGCACAGAAAGCAAAGGCGACAGUUCAAGACGAAGCAGACAGCGACGAGGAGAGCGACAAGGACGACUCGGACGAGGAGAUGAAGGAUGGAGAGGAGGAAGACGCAGGAGAGGACGAGCUGCAGAGCGGACUGGACUUUUCGGCACUAGGUGGCAGCGAGGAGGUGCUGGACGAGGCAGCAGGCGAGGUCAAAGAGACGGCGAGCACGACGUCGGUGUCGUCGACAGGGCCAACAGACAAGGCAGGACGGCCACACAUCAAAGUGCCGAGCGACACAUCGGCGCUGCGGGCACGACUGGCAGCACGGAUCGAGGCGCUGCGAGCAGCACGCAAGGCAGACGGACCAGACGGGAAGCCGAUCCGGACGCGACAGGAGCUGAUCGAGGCGCGGCGGGUGAAGCAGGCUGAGCGGAAGCAGCACAAGAAGCAGUUGCGGCAGCAGGCGCGCGAGGAGGAAGAGCGGAAGCGGGACGAAGCAGUGGCAUCAGCACGAGCAUCGCCGCUGGUGCGAGCAGGAGGGUCGCCGGUGGAGGAGUCGACGAACCUGUCGUUUGGGCUGGUGGCAUUUGCGGACGGGACCAAGAUGUCGCGAGACCUGACGUUUGCCAAGGGUCGGAGCAGCGGCGGUGGAGACGACGCGGACGACAAGGCGACACCGAAGCGCAAGGGCCCGGCAGCAUCGGAUGUGCGUGGCCAGCUGGCACGAUUGGAGUCGCAGAAGAAGCGGCUGGCAGGCAUGGACGAGACGACACGGCGCGAGGUGGAGGAGAAGGAGCGGUGGCUGGCAGCACGGCGACGGACGGCGACGGACGAGAAGAAUGGCGGUGCUGGCAGCGGGCUGACGGCCGGGGCAGCGGCCAGCGGAGCGGCAGUAUCGGAUCUCGGACGCACAGAAAUGCUGCUGAAGAAGGCGAUUAAGCGCAAGGACAAGGCCAAGAAGAAGAGCGAGCGCGAAUGGUCGGAGCGGCGUGAAGGCGUGCAGAAGGGCAUCCAGGAGCGGGAUCGCAAGCGGGAGGACAACCUGCGGGCACGACGGGAAGACAAGCUGCUGCGGCGGUCGGGGCUGGCCAAGAAGAAGAAGGGUGGCGCAGGUGGUGGUGGUGGGAAGAGCAAGGGACGGCCGGGAUUUGAAGGGUCGUUUGGAGGGAAGAGGAAGUAA